GAGUACCGUGGGUUCCUAAACGGCGUCGCGCCUCUCUUCCAAGAACCUCUUGACGAAAACCGGCGAAAAUCGGGAAAAUCUCUCAUCGGCGAUUAAUCAAAGAAGUGCAAUAAACAAACUUUGAAGUUACGCAUUCCGUUACACAUUUAGAAACGCGCCGCAAUAAAACGAUCGGUCGAUUUUCCUUUCGCGCACUGGCAGCGAAAAAGCUACCUUUUCUGCAUAGUAUAAGUGCCGGGCUCAAUUAAGCGCUAUAAAUAGCCAGUGAUAAGAUUAACGAGAUAGUGGAACGAUUCUAAUGAGGGAUCCAAGGUCGUAAUAACAGACCAAGUGCGUCCGGAACAAGUGCAGCAGCAGCAGCGCGGUGUCUUCGGCUAGGGGGAUGAAAAGGUGCGUAAACUCCUUUUUUAAAUUAGCGCUGAUCAAAACUGGAAAUCAGAUUUUGAGUGCCCGGUUAAAUUUAGACGAUGAUCUUAGCGGGCUCGCACCAAUUAAUUGCUGCGAUUAAUUAAACAAAUUGUAAAAGUCUUGGAGGAGUGGGCGUGUUUGGUUUCGCCACCGUGUAACUAAUACGAACAAUUAAAAUGUUUGGUAAAAGCGGGGCAUGACCAUUUCAGACGUAGUUAUUAGAUGUGUUUGUUAUCAAUUAUCACUUAGAAUAAUUUCUAAGCGGUUUUUUGUGGAGAUAUCCGCGGUAGUUGCCAGUGUUUACCUAUGAAGAUGCGCCAGCGUUAGACCUUCAAGAGAUUUUUAGUUAAUCGCCAUGGAAAACGGAACUGGGCAAUUAAAGUAUUUGCAAUGCAUCAAAUCGUCCCCGUCCUUGUCCGCAUCACUCCCGGAGUACGGUGAACUGGAGACGACCCCCGCGGAAUCGGCGUCACUAGAUUUCCCAUCCAUCCAUCAGGACAAUCGCGUAAAUUUCAAAAAGUCCCACACGUGCGGCAGUCUCUUCGCAAAGUGCGGGUGUCACAAUAAUGCGAAAAGGGAGUCGCUACUGCGGCUCUUCUCCCAGCCGCGUCCGAAGAGGUCGUCGAAUCCGUCCCCGCCGUGCCACGCGAAAGCCGAGACCAAGAGGCUGUCCAAUCCCGAAAUAGGCAAAGUCCAAAGCCGGCAGCAGCGCGACGCGUUCCUAGCUCAUCCCGAAAUUCCCUAUCCGGUACCGUUGCCGGACAGACGCAAGACGAGCGACCGUCCGCCGGACUACCUCUUGAGCAAGAGCGCCCAAUCGAACCUGGAGUAUUUGAAAUAUACCGCGCUUUCUUAUCAAAAUUUAAACGGAGAAGUGGAAGACCCCGCUCAGAAGUAUUUAAAGGAAUCGGGCAUUAUCGGACCAAUGGGAAACGGCGCCGUCUCGAGCGUACAUCGCCAGAGUGUCGCGCACGAAUCGGACACCCUGCAGCAGAUUAGAAAAAAUUCGAAAAUCAUGUGCGCGGAGCCGCGGACCAAAAGUUCGUCGCGGGGCGUACCCGACGAUUACGAGUGCCUCAAAACGGCCGUCGCCCGAUUAAAACAGCAGCUGGCCGAUUUGGAGGUGAACUACGGCAAUCUGCACACGAAACUUUUGGAAAGUCGCAAGGAGGUCCACUCCAAGGAGUCGCAGGUCAUCAAACUCCAAAGGGAGGUGCACAAGCUCAAGAGCGUGCUGCAGCAGGCGACGUGCUUCAGCAAUGAAAGCGACAUCCUCACCAGCCUGCAGGAGCAGCACGCGAUGGCGAACCGCGUCCCGCCGGCCGCGGUCACCUUCAACAAGAAGCAGGGCGUGUCGGCCGAAUCGAGCGACAUCAUCGGGCCGGCGGGCGACAUACACGUCCAGAAGCACGAGAAGGACUUCAGGUCGAAGCAGCUGAUCAAGGACGCCAUCAUGGAUAACAACUUCCUGAAGCACCUCGACUCGCUGCAGGUGCGCGAGAUAGUCGACUCGAUGUACCCGCGACAGUGCGAGGCCGGGUCCUACGUGAUCAGGGAGGGGGACGCCGGCGCUCACCUCUACGUCUCGGCCGAAGGCGACUUCGAGGUGAUCAAGGACGAUAAGGUCCUGGGACGGAUGGGUUCGGGCAAGGCGUUCGGGGAGCUCGCCAUCUUGUACAAUUGCACGCGAACUGCGUCGAUCCGAGUGGUCACCGACUCCAAGGUGUGGGUGUUGGAUCGCAAGGUCUUCCAGCAGAUCAUGGUGCGCACCGGUCUGCAGCGUUUACAAGACAACAUCAACUUCCUCAGGUCCGUUCCUCUACUUGCGAAUCUCAGCAACGACGUCCUGGCGAAAAUCGCCGACGUGCUCGAAGUUGAAUUUUACCCGUCCGGCGCGUACAUCGUCAGGCAGGGUGCGAGCGGGGACACCUUCUUUAUUAUUAGUAGUGGCAACGUGAAGAUUACGCAGAGAAUCUCGGGUGGUUUGGACGAGGAGGAUAUUAGGACGCUGACGCGCGGCGACUACUUCGGCGAGCAGGCUUUGCUCAGGGAGGAAUGUCGCACCGCCUCGGUGAUCGCGAUGAGUCCCGGCGUUGAGUGUCUGACACUAGAUCGGGAAUCCUUCAUACAGCUCAUCGGCGACCUGAGCGUGUUUAAGGAGAAGGACUACGGUGAUGACCAACGAAUGCUGAUGCGUCCAAGUAGCGUCGCCAGCGUCUGUGCUGAAAAACAAGAGUACGACUACAUGAGGUUGGACGACCUGGACAUCAUCGCCACGUUGGGAGUGGGAGGUUUUGGCAGAGUCGAGCUGGUGCAAUACGCCAACGACCAGUCGAUGACCUUCGCGUUAAAGUGCCUUAAGAAACAACAUAUCGUCGACACGCAACAGCAGGACCACAUCUUCAGCGAGAAGAUGAUCAUGAUGUGCUGCCGAAGUCCGUUCAUCUGCCGACUGUAUCGCACCUUUAGGGACUCCAAGUACGUGUACAUGCUGCUGGAGGCGUGCCUCGGCGGAGAGGUCUGGACGAUACUGCGCGACCGCGCCUGCUUCGACGACCACACGACGCGCUUCAUCACGGCCUGCGUGAUCGAGGCGUUCGACUACCUCCACAACAGGGGGAUCAUCUACAGAGAUCUGAAACCGGAGAAUCUCCUCCUGGACAACGACGGUUACGUCAAGCUCGUGGAUUUCGGCUUCUCGAAACGUUUGGGAUACAGCAGCAAGACCUGGACCUUUUGCGGCACGCCUGAGUACGUCGCCCCGGAAACGAUUUUAAAUAAGGGUCACGACCGAGCCGUCGACUACUGGGCGCUGGGGAUCCUGAUGUACGAGCUCCUCACCGGGAGCCCACCGUUCACCGCGUCCGACCCGAUGAAGACCUACAACCUGAUCCUGAAGGGAAUCGACAUGAUCGACUUCGAGAAGCACAACGUGAGCCGAUCCGCUCAGAGCCUGAUCAAAAAGCUGUGCAGAGAUCUGCCUUCAGAACGACUCGGUUACCAACGUGGAGGAAUACAGGACAUCAAAAAACACAAGUGGUUCCAAGGUUUCGACUGGGACGGACUACGAGCGCGCAGCCUUCCGGUGCCCAUCACGAAACUGGUACGCGGACCAUGCGACACCUCCAACUUCGAUUGCUUCGACAAGGACGUCGAUAUACCUCCAGACGAGCUUUCCGACUGGGACAUCGACUUUUAAACCAUUUUGUGAUCCAGUAAACUGUGACAAUAAUUUUGCUUCUUUAUAAAUAUUUAUGUACAAAGUUUUAAGGGGGCGGUAAAUAGUUAACGAACCCCUUUUCCCGGAA